AUGUUCGAUGAUCUGCAAAUGAUCUAUAUGAGUGUACGAAUUCUUCGCUUCUGGUCACUGAUCUAUGAGCAUACUUGGCGUCGUUACGUUUGCUUAUCGAUGACAACGUUUUUGGUGUUCACUCAACUCUAUUAUAUGGUUCGCACCAGCGAGGGUAUUGGCGCCAUAAUUAGGAACUCCUACAUGCUGGUGCUGUGGUUCAAUACAAUACUGAGGGCUUAUCUGCUACUGUACGAUCGGAAGAAGUACGAACAGUUGUUGAGUGAUUUGGAAAUUUUUUACUAUGACUUAAAGAAAUCAGAAGAUUUUUACAUACAGGAUUUACUAAACGAGGUUAAUUCAACAGGAAAAUAUAUGGCGCGGGGUAAUCUCUUUCUUGGGCUUCUCACUUGCUUCGGUUUUGCUCUCUAUCCAUUUUUUACCACUGAAAGAGUUUUACCUUUUGGUAGCAUGAUUCCAGGCGUUGACGAAUAUAAGAGUCCGUUCUAUGAAUUUUGGUACGUUUAUCAGAUGAUAAUCACUCCCAUGGGCUGUUGCAUGUAUAUUCCCUAUACAAGUCUAAUUGUCGCCUUAAUUAUGUUUGGCAUUGUGAUGUGCAAAGCUUUGCAAUUUCGUUUGAAAACAUUACAUCGUGUGAGGCAUGUCGAUUCGUUGAUUCACAAAAAUAUUAAGGAAUGCAUUAAAUAUCAGCUGGGCAUUAUAAACUAUAUCGGCCAAGUGAAUGAUUUGACGACCUACAUUUUUCUUUUGGAAUUCCUCGCUUUUGGCACACUCUUAUGUGCACUGCUCUUCUUAUUGAUUAUUGUCGACUCCUCAGCUCAGGCGAUUAUCGUUUGUGCUUAUAUUGCAAUGAUAUUUGCACAGAUUUUGUCACUGUACUGGUAUGCGAAUGAACUGCGGGAACAGAAUCUUGCGAUUGCAGCCGCUGCUUAUGACACUGAAUGGUUCACAUUUCCAAUACCGGUGCAAAAAUACAUUCUUUUGAUGAUCUUGCGAGCCCAGAAGCCACCAGCGAUGAUGGUAGGACAUAUUCAUCCCAUUUCGCUGGAGCUUUUCCAAUCCUUACUCAAUGCCUCCUACACUUACUUCACUCUGCUAAAACGUGUUUACACCUAAAUGCUUAAAUUUUUUGAAUAAACGUAACUGUGAAGGUAGAUUGAAGGCUU